AUGGUCAGCCGUAUAGAGCAUCCUGCUGCAGGAUACAGGAGGAUCUUUGAGACGGUGGAGGAGCUCAGUGAGCCCAUUCCUGCAGAAAUCACCGGUGAUCUCCCAUCGUGGCUGGGGGGGAGUCUGCUCAGGAUGGGUCCAGGUCUGUUCGAGGUGGGGGAUGAACCUUUCCACCACCUGUUUGACGGACAGGCUAUCAUGCACAAGUUUGAUCUGAAGGACGGUCAGGUGACUUACUACAGGAAGUUUAUCAGGACAGAUUGCUACGUUCGUGCCAUGACUGAAAACAGAAUUGUCAUCACAGAGUUUGGCACCGCAGCUUAUCCUGAUCCCUGCAAAAACAUCUUUUCCAGGUUCUUUACUUACUUCAAAGGCAUGGAAGUGACUGAUAACUGUAUGGUGAACAUCUAUCCCAUUGGUGAAGACUUCUACGCCGUCACAGAAAGCAACUACAUCACCAAGGUUGAUCCAGACUCUCUGGAAACGCUGGAGAAGGUAGACCUGUGUAAGUACCUCUCAGUGAAUGGAGUUACUGCCCACCCCCACACUGAAGCAGAUGGCACAGUCUACAAUAUUGGAAACUGUUUUGGCAAGAACAUGAGUCUGGCAUACAACAUCGUAAAGAUUCCUCCUGCACAGGAAGAUGGCUCAGAUCCUUUAGAGAAAUCUCAGAUCGUGGUUCAGCUGCCCAGUAGUGAGAGGUUAAAACCUUCCUACGUACACAGUUUCGGUAUGACCGAGAACUACUUUGUAUUUGUGGAGCAGCCGGUGAAGAUCAACCUUCUCAAGUUCUUGUCUGCUUGGAGCGCUAGAGGAGCCACCUACAUGGACUGCUUUGAAUCCAACGAAAGCAUGGGGACAUGGUUCCACUUGGCUACCAAGAACCCAGCAGGAUAUCUGAGGAACCACAAGUUCAGAACUUCAGCUUUCAACAUCUUUCAUCAUAUCAACACGUAUGAAGAGCAGGGUUUCAUCGUGGUGGACCUCUGCACAUGGAAAGGCCAUGACUUUGUUUAUAACUACCUGUACCUGGCCAACCUGAGGGAGGAGUGGGAGGAGCUGAAGAGAGCGGCCAUGACAGCUCCUCAGCCGGAGGUCAGACGAUACGUCCUGCCGGUGGAUAUUCACGGGGGGGAGCAGGGGAAGAAUCUGGUGUCUCUGUCCUACACGACAGCUACUGCUGUUCUUCACAGUGACGGCACCAUCUGGCUUGAACCUGAAGUUCUGUUUUCAGGACCAAGACAGGCCUUUGAGUUUCCACAGAUCAACUACUCUCAGUGUUGUGGAAAGAAAUACUCAUUCGCCUAUGGACUCGGACUGAACCACUUCAUUCCUGACAGGAUUGUUAAGUUGAACGUGCAGACCAAAGAGACCUGGGUGUGGCAGGAGGAGGACUGUUACCCAUCAGAACCACUUUUUGUCCCCACACCUGGAGCCACAGAGGAGGACGAUGGCGUGCUGCUGAGCAUCGUGGUGAAGCCCGGUGCAGUGAGACCAGGGUUCCUGCUGGUUCUGGACGCCGUGAAGCUGGAAGAACUCGCCAGGGCUGAGGUGGACACCAUCUUCCCUCUCACUUUGCACGGGACGUACAAACCACGAUCAUCCGACUAAACUGUUUCC